AGCGCUUUCCAGCAGCAUCAAUUACAAAUUGACCAAAUUGUCUCCGAUGAUGUGAUUAUUUCCGCACCGUUUUUGUGUUGUGUUGCUCGUCGAAUCGUUUUUCUUGUGUUUUCUUUUCUUUCCACACAUUCGGCGUGCCGAGUUUCCCCCCCGACGCCAUAGCGUUUCGUGAUCCGGGUGAUGUGUUAUGUGUCGUGCUAGACGGGUUGUGGUUUGCUGCUGAUCGAUAGAAACACCGAUUAGCUGCGGAGUGCAGAGGAAACAACGGGCGAAUCCCAGCAUUACGGGGGUGUUUGUGCAAGUAGUGUAGAAGAGACGUGCAAAAGAAGCGAUCCGAUAAUGGCCCAUGGCAAGGAGUAUGAUCAUUUGUUCAAAUUGCUUAUCAUUGGCGACAGCGGUGUGGGUAAAUCCUCGCUGCUCAUACGGUUCUCGGAUAAUACCUUCUCCGGAAGCUACAUAACGACCAUUGGGGUCGAUUUUAAGAUUCGAACCGUUCUGCUUCACGGCGAACGAGUAAAGCUGCAAAUCUGGGACACCGCAGGGCAGGAACGUUUUCGAACGAUCACGAACACCUACUACCGAGGCACGCACGGCGUCAUCGUUGUGUACGACGUGACAAAUGGCGAAUCGUUCGGCAAUGUGAAACGUUGGUUGCAGGAAAUCGAAUCUAACUGUGACAUAGUCAAUAAAGUGCUAGUUGGAAAUAAAAACGACGAUCCGACGCGCAAGGUAGUUACCACCGAGGACGCGGAGCGUUUCGCCAAUCAGAUGGAAAUUAAACUGUUCGAAACAUCCGCCAAAGACAACAUCAACGUUGAGGAGAUGUUCCUCGCCAUCACCGAGCAGGUGCUGAAGCACAAGAAGCAGACGCAGAAACAGAAGCAAUCGGAGACGGCCAGCGAUACCGUCCAACUCGGGAAGCGUACUCAGAAAAAGAAGAACAAAUGCUGCUAGUAGGGAAUUGCGGCCAGCGGUUGGGAUCGUUUCGGGUAAGGGUGGGGAAAACGGAAAUAUUAUUGUACAGUGAUACCAUACCAGCAGCCGGCCCAGCUCAAGCUAAGGUAUUUAAGCAAAUUGGGAACCACGCAUG